GUUUGGAGAAGCGGACGUGGGCGGGAAGGGCUUCUAUUUUGGAGCAGGUUGAGAGAAUCGCGAUCCGCGGAAGGAGCUAGGUCCCUCCACGGGCUCCCUGCGCCCAGCCAUCUUCCUGCGACCCUUCCCGGGAGGGGCGUCCCGGGCGAGUAGGGGGAGGUGGGAGGGGCGGCGGGCGGUUACCUCAUCGCCGCCUCCGGGAGGCUCUGCUCGCUCGCUCUCUCGCUCGCUCGCGCCGCCGGCUGGGGCGGUGACUCCGGGCGCCGGGGCGAGAGAAGGGCGGAGGGACUGAGGCGCCGAGGGGCAGUGCCGUCCCCCGAGCCCCGCUCUGCUGCAGGACCCUCGCGCGAGGAGGUCGGACCUUGGUGAUCCGCGCUUCUGGCGGCGCCUCCAGUAGCGUUGCGGAGCGGAGGCGGUGUCUGUGCGCGGCGCGCCGGGUCUGUUCUCUCUGUGCUUCUGCACCCGCCGGAGCUACUCGUUCGUCCGCCGUCGGCCUUCUCGGCUGUCUGUCUGCCCUCCCACUGCCAGCUCCGACCUCCGCCUGGCCUCUCCGGGCCUCGGUGUUACGGGUAGCGAUGAGGAGCGCGGCGGGGUCGGGGCGCACCGGGCAGGGCGCGCGGGGCGCACGGCCCGGCGCCGGCGCAUGAGGUUUUCCAGCACCGGGCGCGGCAGCGCGCGCGGGCCAUGGGGGGCAGCCUGCGGGUGGCCGUACUGGGUGCCCCGGGCGUGGGCAAGACGGCCAUCAUCCGGCAGUUUCUGUUCGGUGACUACCCCGAGCGCCACCAGCCCACUAACGGACCGCGCCUCUACCGUCCCGCAGUGCUGCUCGACGGCGCCGUCUACGACCUGAGCAUCCGCGACGGCGACGCCACUGGCCCGGGUCACAGCCCUGAGGGUCUAGAGGAGUGGCUGGACCCUAAGGACUGGAGCUUGCAGGACACAGAUGCCUUCGUGCUCGUCUAUGACAUCUGCAGCCCAGACAGCUUCGACUAUGUGAAGGCGCUGCGGCAGCGCAUAGCGGAAACCAGGCCAGCGGGUGCACCAGAGGCGCCCAUCCUCGUGGUAGGCAACAAGCGGGACCGGCAGCGGCUGCGAUUUGGGCCUCGGCGCGCACUGGCCGCCCUCGUGCGCAGGGGCUGGCACUGUGGCUACCUCGAGUGCUCCGCUAAGUACAAUUGGCACGUGCUGCGUCUCUUCCGGGAGCUGCUGCGCUGCGCUCUGAUGCGUGCCCGUCCUGCGCACCCGGCCCUGCGCCUGCAAGGGGCAUUGCAUCCUGCACGUUGCAGCCUCAUGUGACCUAAUUUGAUCACGAAGCCCAUGGGGGCGCUGGACAGUCUGACUGCAACCACCAGGGACCUGGAUUGGACGAGCUUGCCCAACUUCUCUUGGAUUGGACAGGAGCCUCCUGAUUGGACAAGGAAAACUCCUACCCAGUCUCCUGGGCGACAGGCCUCUUUGAAUCUCAUUGGAUCCAGCCAGGCCCCCAAAGCCUUUUUGUACAAGAUCAGUCUUUUCUGGGACCUUGGUGGGUCACGACCCCAUUCGAUGAAAUGGACUUGACUAUAAAUCUGAUUGGAAGCUCUGACUGUUCCUGGAGCCUCAUUGGACAAAUUCUUAAGUCACAUCUCUCAGGAGGUAAUAAAGGGGGAAACGGUUCAA